AUCCCUCCCUCGAGCCGCGUUGCUACCGCGUCAGUCCAACUUCCUUCCUUACAACGGUCGCGUUCGCAGUCUUCGCCGAGAAGUGCGGGCAGACGUGCGGCCGGUGCGGCGCAAGAUACGAAGCUGGGCGUGUGGAGGUGGCCUCGGCCAGUGUCAACGAUAAGAUAGCGGGCGAACAAGAAUAUAGUACUUGCUCGGCGGACACUCUCAGAGUCCAUCCUUGUACCAACAUUCGACACGCGCUGCACAGGGGCUUCUUAGGCGUUUCGAGCAGACCUUGUAAUGGAGCCUUCGAUAUGCCUCACGCACGGACAGGACACCUUGGAGAUUAAACGCUUCGGAGCCACCGUGACAUCAUGGCGUGUUGACGGCGAAGAAAUACUUUUCAUGAGCGAGAAAUCCUCGUCCGACUGCACGGCGCCCAUUCGCGGCGGCAUACCAAUAGUGUUCCCAAACUUUGGCCCUUGGGCACUCGGACCUCAUCAUGGAUUUGCCCACACGAUGGAAUGGACCAUUAAGGAACCGCCGACGCAGACCGAUCAAGAUGCAAGAGUGGUUCUCAAGCUCGUUGAUGACGAUUACACUCGAUCGAUCUGGGAUCACAGAUUCGAAUUGUCUCUUAGUAUCACCCUGAAGAAAUCUGAACUUGAUAUUCAACUGGCGGUCACGAACAAUGGAGGCAAUGGAUUCGACUUCACCGUGCUCCUUCAUCCGUACUGGAAAGUCCCGGAUGUCCGAGAAUGUCAGCUCUCGGGUUGCCAUGGCACCUCUUUCAUUGACAAGACCCGUAACUACGCCGAAUUUCGUGAGGAACGAGAGCUCGUGAAAGUGGCAGAGUGGACGGACAGCAUCUACAAGGAGACCCAGAACCGUCACACGCUCUCUGGUGUCAGCGGAAACAGAACUCUUCUUAUCGAAAAGAAAAAUUUGCCUGACACAGUGGUUUGGAACCCGUGGUCCAAAAUGGCCGCCGAGCUGCCCGACUUCGGCUCGCGAGAGUUCCUCAACAUGGUCUGCGUGGAGCCGGGACUCGUGGCAAAACCGAUUCGACUGGAACCGGGGUGCCGCUUCGACGCGUCAUGCACCUUCCGGAUCGUGGAAUAAAUCGGGUGCAGCGCGGUGGAA